AGUUAUCGUGAACAUUUCUAUUUAUAUUUUUUAUUCAAUAACAAUUGCUUCAUAUGAUAUUUUACAAAAAUCGACAUCUUAUUUUAUUUUAUUGUAAUAGUUUAUAACAUUAAAAACAUCCAAGAGCUCAUAAUAAACAAGCUCAUUUCAGAUUUUGGUUCUUCACGUUCUAUGAGAGUGACGCUACCUCUCCCAAAGUCACUAGAAACAUACACGGACCUUGACCUCUUCUAUAUCUGCCUUGACAUCAGCAAUGGUGCGUGCUCACAGUGUCAAAAGGUACCGACCACUGGGGCGUACGAAAUUAAAUACUGUUUCCCAAGGGUUCCUUAGAGAUACAAAUAACUAUCCAGUGGUGAACUUUUAAUUUCGUAAUGCAACGUAAAAAAUGUAGAAAUAUAAAGCGGCAUGUGGGACACAAUGUCGUAGUAGUGGCGGGUGAUGGAACCAGGGAUGGAUCUCACAACCGGCGCUAGGCCGCGGCUCCUGCAAGGCCCACCAGCAGGCGAUGCAGUAGACUCAGUCAGCCAUCCCUCACUCCUGCACCAGCCAUCGCCUUUCCUCGAUAGAGUGCAGCCUUUCCCUGCGACAGCUAUGGGUGCGGAAGAAGAGGAUGAUGUGAGUUAUGGGUUCAGGAAAGUGAAAAUGUUUGAGAUGGCGCCUUCAGACGACCCGGAGAUGGAAGAGCGACGUCAGCGAGCCCUGUAUGCGAAAAGGAACCGCGAAAUGAAAAAGAGAGAGGUGGUUCAGCUACAGAAAGAAAAGGAAGAGCUCAAGGCCUCUCUGCAAGAGUAUGAGGCGAAAAUGACUAGCUUCGUGCAACUGUCACACAGUCAACAACGCAGAAUUGAGGAGAUACAGCAGCACCUCUCCGACACUCUGGAGCAGCUUAGAGACAAGGAGGAGUGCCUGCGAAAGAUCAAUGAGAGGAUGUCACUUCUGAAGGCACACCUGGAGCUCAUUGCUGAGGGCCUUGAGGAAAGCAUGUCACGCAAGAUGCUGGUCAACCUGCUCGCCCAUUUCGAUCAAAAUCAUCACUACGUUUGAAAUGUUUCGAUUUCAUGACAAUAGUGUUACAUUAAUACAGUCACUAAAGAUGGAAAGUAAAUCAUAUCUGCAUACUUCUGCACGUUGCCCAUGCUGUGCCCAUGCCUGGCCGCGCUGUGCUGCAGCUGGUCAUACAAUUGCUCAUAUUAUAGAGAAGCACAAGCACGUCAUGGCAGCCCCCCACACCGCCACUAACGUGUAAACUGUGACGCCAACACUACAGUACUGUCGCCCAUGCUGUGCCCAUGACUAUGGCCGCGCUGUGCUUCAUACAAUUGCUUAUAUAUAUAUAUAUAUAUAUAUAUAUAUAUAUAUAUAUAUAUAUAUAUAUAUAUAUAUAUAUAUAUAUAUAUAUAUAUAUAUAUAUAUACAUAUAUAUACACACACACACAUAAGCAAUAGAGAAGCGCAAGCACGUAAUGGAAGCCCCCCACAGACCGCCACUAACACCACCACGUGUAAACUGUAUGACGCCACCACUACAGCAGCUACUGUCUCGCUACCUGCUGCUGCUGCUGCUGCCGCUGCUCCACAAUGAGUGAUUUGCGACCGCACGGACAAUAUUUGGUAUUGUGUGUAAAUACCCUCAGCAGAAGGAUGUAUCUCGACGUAAUUUUGAUAAGAUACCUAUUCUUAUUUUGGUAGAUACUGAGUGUCAAUAUUUCGUUUCUUUCAAUAGGUAUGUAUAUAUUACCAGUAUAUACGUGUUUCUACAA